CUCUCUCUCAAAUGCUAAAAUUGCUUUUAAAACAAAACAUAGGGUUUCAAAUCAAAAUCGAAUAUACAAAUAAAUAAAAAAGAUCCCCAAAUACAGACACACACACACACUCUUUGAUAGAGUGAAAAAAAAAACUGAUAGAUACAGACAAACCCUAAAUUAUCAUCAUCAUCACAUAUACAUACAGCCAGAAUUGAGAGAGUGUUGUUAUGGCUGCGACUGAAGGUAGCGGUGGUUCAAAAUCUUCAACGGCGGAUUCGUAUAUAGGAAGUUUAAUUAGUUUAACUUCUAAAUCUGAAAUUAGAUAUGAAGGAAUUCUUUAUAAUAUCAACACCGAUGAAUCCUCCAUCGGUUUAACUAGCGUGCGAUCUUUUGGAACUGAAGGGCGAAAAAAAGAUGGUCCACAAGUCAUGCCCAGUGACAAGGUUUAUGAGUACAUAUUGUUCCGCGGAAGCGAUAUCAAGGAUCUUCAGGUGAAAUCUUCUCAGCCUGUUCAACCAACACAACCCAUAAACAGUGAUCCUGCCAUUAUUCAGUCUCAUUAUCCUCGGCCACCAUCAACAGCUUCCAAUAUACCUGCUGUUGCUGCCAGUGACUCUUCUUCUACACCGAGUACCUAUAACCCACAUCUCGCUCACCCUGGGUCCGCUUUUCAAGGUGGGCUGCCUUUGUACCAACCUGGCGGGAAUGUUGGGCCGUGGGGUCCAUCACCACCUCCUCCGAAUACAAAUAGCAGUGGGCCUGCCAUGCCGAUGUAUUGGCCUGGAUACUAUGCCCCACCAAAUGCACUUCCACAGUUGCAUCAACAAUCAUUGCCCCGACCACCACAGGGAUUAGGAAUGCCACCUUCAUUACAACCACCAAUGCAGUAUCCUAGUUUCAAUUCAUCUUUGUCAAGUGGUGCACCGAAUGCAUCUGCUCCAAACUUAUCUGAAUAUCCAUCUCCUUUAUUAACGACAUCUACCAGCUCAGCCACUUUACCCUCAAACUCUUUAUUGGGAUCGUCAUUGCCUUCCUUGCCAACUAUGAUGCAGAAUAGAUCAUCCAACUCUGUGGCUCCUACACCACUAAGUGGUAGCUUGCAGCCACAGCCUUCUGCUGUCAUGAGUGACGUAAAUGUCACUAAGCCUCCAAUGAUGCCUAAUGUGCUCCCUGGUACAAGGUUUUCUUACCAGGGCACGUCUACACCUAUAUCAUCUAUUGGUGGGCCGCCUUUGAUUCCGACUGACACACCCACACCAUCACUAGUAACUCCAGGUCAGUUACUGCAGUCUGUUCCAGCUACCGUAGCUUCAUCUCCAUCCCCGUCCCCAUCCCCACCAGCAGCUCAUAAUGAUGUGGAAGUGAUUCAAACGUCACCAGUGUCUUUAUCACCACCGUCUGUGCCUGCUCCAGUGCCUACUGAAGCUCAGCCUCCAAUAUUGCCAUUACCACCUCAAGCAGAAAUUUCUUCAAAGCCCAAUGGAGGUGCUUACCAUAAUCGUCCAAAUUAUAGCUACAGAGGACGUGAAAGAGGCAGAGGAUCUGGGGCCUCACGACCAGUGAUGAAAUUUACGGAGGAGUUUGAUUUUAAUGCAAUGAAUGAGAAAUUUAACAAGGAUGAAGUUUGGGGUACCUUAGGAAAAAGCAACCGGUCCAGUUCAAAGGACAGAGAUGGGAAUACUACUGAUGAGGACGAAAUAGAAGAGGAAGAUGACCCCAAUAUACCAAAACUUGAUGCCAAGCCUGUUUAUAGCAAGGACGAUUUUUUUGAUUCAUUAUCUAGCAAUACAUCUGAUCGUCAAUCAAAUUAUGGAAGAACUAGAUUCUCUGAACAAAUGAAACUAGAUACAGAGACAUUUGGAGAGUUUUCUAGGUUUCGAGGGGGAGGAAGGGGUGGGCGUGGGCCCUACCGUGGAGGGCGUUCUCGAGGUGGUGGUUAUUAUGGAAGAGGGUAUGGUUAUGGUGGGAGGGGUCGUGGUGGAAGAAAUCCAAAUGCAACCAAUGAUUAUUGAAGUGUUCUUGGUGAUUUUACAAAUGUUUCAGUACAUACCAAAUGGGAAGGAUAUGAAGGAUUUUUUUUUCUUUUUCAGAGAACUAAAAUAAAGUGAAUGUUAGCUUCCUUAUGGUAUGGUUUGUUACUUUGAUUAGUUGGGUUAUUUCUGGAUGUUUGAUAUUUGUAGACUGGUCUCUAAAAGUUCAUAAAAAUUGAUGAGAUCGGUAAUCUUUUUUCAGGAA